ACCUUUCUUAUAAUUAGUCUUGGCAGUGCCAUCCCUGUAACUGAGCAAACAAGUUUGACGGUAGAUCCAUAGUGUACAUAACCAUCCCUCACUGCAAACUCUUCUGAUUCACUCUCGUUAUCGUCCAGCAAAUGUAUUGUGAAAGCACCCCAUUGAGUUGAAGAGGCAUGAAAGUUACCAUUCUCUACAUGCAAAUAUCUCGUUGACACGGUCUGCGACCUCAAUCUAUUAAAUAGAGCUACCUUAGUUCCACUAGCAAUACAUAGAUCGGCAUUCUUCAAGGACUGCUUUUUCUUGGAGGGCUUUGAUAUCACUUUUAUUCUUUUACUAUUAAAUAUACCAAUAUCAUGUCCAUUGCCAUAAAACAUUUUCACUGACAGCAUAAAAUGCUUUCUUUUAUCUGAAUCUGAUAUGUAUAAAGUUUUUGCUGCACAGUACUGUUUACCGUUGUUCAAGUCCAGCUGCUGCAUGUCCUGAUCAGAAUUGCCAAUACCAAUGAAGGCACACAGCUGUGCCGCUUGCUCAGUCUCCCCUUCUCUCAGCAUGCGUUCCCGACGGAGCCGCCAUCCAUCACCAAACAAAUAAAUACAAGGAGGUGGACAAAAGAACCUCUUUUCAUUUCCAUAGGAUUUUUGUGCUACUUUAGCAUGUAGAAUGACUACUAUCAUGUCGGAGCGAUCACGCAGGUAUCGCUCCAUGGCUUCGCGUGUCAGACGGCGCUCUUCAGGGCGGUAAGCCCCGGCACCUGGCCCGGCUGCGCUGGCGUAGCGCGGGAACAGCGCGCCGUGCUGCGGCGGCGGCGAGGGCGGGCCCUGCGCCAUGCCGCCCGCGCCGUACUGAUGCGGCAUGCUCGCCACGACUCCAGCUCACCGGCUUCCGUAUCUCUGAUUCAUAUUCGACGACAGCUUCAUGUCAGCGAUCAUGCUUAUUACUUCACUUCUGUUUGGAGUCUAUGCACUCUCCACAUUAUUAUCCGUAACUUAUGCGAAGAUGUCACUUUAAUAAACAAGUAGCGUCCCGUUAUUUUCUUUAUUUUAUUGACUCCUUUUCUCAAAUUGUCGGAACAAUUUGAGAAUUUCACCAGACCACUUCAGUGUACAAUAACGCCGAUCAAUAAACUUUUGUAUUAUUCACAACACUAUAAAUAAUUACUGUGGGAACCUUAGCACACAUUUCAUUCAAAAACACCUGUUCGACGAGCAAAUUUUCCGACAGUCUAGCCAACAUUCCACCGUUUACUGUUUACUAUUUACAAUCUUAUUGAAUUCUACAACUCUUCUGAUAAAAUCACAUUUCCUUAUUCUAAGGAUUUCUUUACUAUUAUGAAUAAAAAUAUCUUCGUUUACGAUGAAUGAAUUUACGAGACACUACAACGCCAAAAAUAUGAACUGUCAAAAGAUAAAACCAUAGACAAGCGAAGUGGAAGCGUGAUGUCGGCUACACGCGCGCGAAUACACAAUCAAAUGAUACGGGGUCGGUCGACUCCGCGGGCGCGACUACUGUGAUGUGAGGCGGUCAUAGGAUGUGGGGUUACGCAUGGGGCGUGAGAAAAUAAAGUGUGGGAAAGAGUGGGCGUCGCGCGUCGCGUCGUCGUCAGUCGCGGUCGUGGUGAAACAUUUGAUAUGUUGUAGUGAACCGAAUACAUAUUUACGAACUCAGUCAGUGCGCCCCAGUAGCAGGCAGGGUGAAUCUGGGAUUCUAUACAAUCUUUUAUUUUUAUCUAAAUGAUUUUUUUUGAAGUGCAAUCUUUACAUAUUAUGUAUUUUUGAAAUGGUCGAACUCGUGGGAUUGCCACGCUCUAAAUAUAUAAACAAUUUAUUUAAACAUUUAAUCAAAAUAAGGCGAUAAUCGCCAGCGCUUCGUUUGAGCUUUCAGCUAUUAUUGUAUUAUAUUAAAUCUUUAAAAUAUUGUGAAGAAGAUUAUCAUUCAUUAUCUUAAGACAAAAUAAAUACCUGAGCGCAUUUCCCACUUUAAACAAAUACCUAACUCGGAUGGUGGAUAGAAGACAAUGGAUAGAAAAAUUGGAUGGAAGAUUAGUGCAAGUCUGUAGUGGCCCUUACCAUGCCCUAUCUGCCUCUGUGACCUGUCUAUUUGACAGCUAAUCUAAUUAUACCAGUUUACCUAUUUUUUAUGUAUGUAGUGUUGUUUGUUUGAAGGCAGAUUAUUAUUUUUGAACGACGUGAUCUGUCUGUGCCGGACUCACCCGCCCUGGCAGCAGCGGCGGCUUUCGUUUGUGGUUCUGUGUAUGUGUGCGUAAUAAAUAAUUUGAGUUCAUGCAGCGAAAAGUUGCGAUGUGUGAGGAAGAGACCGAUGCCACCGCCGACGAUUGACCGGCCGGAGAUCUCGUGGGAAACGACCUUUGUUAUGUACACUGAUAUAUACAUUAGUGUAAACAAAAAAAUCUGUUCUUGAAUUUAUUUGCACGCGAUGGGAGUCACUGGACUGUGGCGGCUAUUAGAGCCUGCGGGAAAGCCUGUACCCGUAGAGACUUUAGAAAAUAAAGUUAUAGCAGUAGAUAUUUCAAUAUGGUUACACCAGAUGGUGAAAGGUUACCAAGACACAAAAGGGGCACCCCUUCCAAAUGCCCAUUUGAUAGGCUUAUUCCAAAGAGUCUGCAAAUUACUGUAUUUUAGAAUCAAACCAGUCUUUGUUUUUGAUGGAGGAUUUCCUGAUUUAAAAAAGGAAACAAUAGCUAAAAGGCAACACAAUAAAUUGAAGUACAACUCUGAAUCUGAAAGACUUAAACGAGAACUUGCACUUUUAUUGAGUAAAAAAACUGCUAUAAGCAGUCUUUUGGGGAAAGACAUAUCUCCAAAAAAAGGAGGAACAUCAAAUGAGUCCAAUGAUGAUGAUCUUUUCAAAUUACCUGCUUUGCCAGAGCAGAAAGAGGAAUCGGAAUCAGAGUCAGAUGAUGAAGACACUUCCAGUGGUUCGAUUGUCGAUUUGCAUUCUGUUGAUAUUGAAUCUGACAAAUUUAAAAACCUACCUGUUAAAGAAAAAUACGAUUUAUUGAUAGAGUUGAAAGAAACGAGAAAAAUGAAUUCAUGGGGAAGAAUCCAUGAGUUGCCAAAGAAGAGCGAUAACUUUUCCGAUUUUCAAUUGCAGAGAUUGCUUAAAAGAAGGAAGGUCCAAGAAUGUUUGGAAGAAACUGAAAAAGAAAUGGGAGAUGGAGGAAUGUCUAUAGUUGAAUUGGAAUCAUUGCUUAAUGAAGAAGGAAUUGAUACAAAAAUUGAGAGUUUACCUACUCGGCGCAUUGCUUCCGAUAAAACAACAAGGUUUUUACUUAUCAGUGAUGUGAAACAAGCUUUAGAAAAUGCUAAAAAGAAAGAAGUUGAUAAUAAUCCCAGUAUUAGUGAGAACACAGAAGAAAAAAGUGAAAAUAAACAAAAAAAUACUGAAUUAGAAGAUGAUUUGGAGAAAGCAAUAAAAAUGUCAUUGGAAUGUGUUGACGACCAUGAUAAAAGCAAUUAUACUUCCAAGACUGAUGAUUCAUGGACAUCUGUAAUGACAGAUUCAGAUUAUACGGAAGGAACUGAUUCAGAAGACGAGCAUGGAUUUCAGUAUUCAGAUAUAUCUUCUGCUAAAGCAUAUAUUAUGCAAUACAGUGAUUUCACACAUAAAGCAAUAGAUACAAUUGUUUCUACUAAGAAUACUGUUAAACCUAAAACUGUACAAUCUAAAUUAGAUGAAAUAUUAGACGAAUUGCGUAAAGAAAAAUCUAUCAUAAUGGAUAAAAUUGAGUUAUCAUCCGAUGAUGAAUCUAAAAUAAAAGAACACAAUGUUUUAGAAAUUGAUACUAUAAAUGAUUCAAGACUAGAAUUCAUUAAUGCAAAUGAAGUUCUUGAUACAAGCGCAACUCAAUCUUCUGUAAUAUUUGUUGAAAAUUCAGCACAGGAUGUUUUAUUACUGGAUUCCAGCAUGGAAAAUAGUUGUGAAGAAAAUAUUGUUUGUACUAAUUUAAAGGAUUUAAAUGGUUGCAACAGUCAACAAUUAUGCGACAAAGUAUCUUUAAAUCAAGAUGUAAUUAACCAAAAAGCCCUUGAACUAGAAAAUCAUAAAGAAAACCAACUUAAUGAAGAAAUCAAAUCAGAAUCUGAAUCAAGUGAUGAUGAUUUUGUGGAUGUACCUGAUGUACAAAAUGAAUCCCAAAAAAGUAUUGUACAACUAACGUUAAAUAUGAACGAGCCAUGUGAAGAAGAAGAUGACAUAUUUGCCGAUGUUUUUAUGAAAGCGGAUGAUACAAGUAUAUCUGAAAUUAUCACAUGUAAACCUAAAUCAAGCGAACAAGUUUGUAAUGACGGUGAUAAUAUAAGUAAAACUGGAUCAAAAGACGCUAUUGGAUAUACCGAUUCUGCAGAUGAUAACAAAAUAGAUAAAGAGGAAGAUAAACUACAUCUAAUGCGACCUUCUACGUCAAAAAUAGAUUCUUUAAAAUGUGAAAUCGGAAAAAAUGAUAGUAUUGAAAUUAGGUCAUUACAUAUUGGAGUUACUAAAAAAAAUAUCGAAGACCCCAUUACUGACCAAAAUAAUGUUAUCAAAUCUAAAAUUAGUAAUAUUGAAGAGCCGGUUGCCAAUAAUGAUGUUAUCAAAACUAAAGUUAAUAGUAUUGAGGAGCCGGGGAAAAAUAUUAUAUCAGUAGAAAAGUUAAAUGAAAUGGCAGAAAUAGUAGCUCACGAAGAACAAGAAUUAAUUCAAGAAAAGGGGCGUUUGGAUCGAAUUGGCCGGAAUAUUACUGAGGAAAUGACAAAAGACGCCCAAGAAUUAUUACAAAUAUUUGGAAUACCUUAUAUAGUGGCACCCAUGGAGGCAGAGGCCCAGUGCGCAUUUCUAGAAUCUGUUAAUUUAACUGAUGGAACAAUUACAGAUGACAGCGAUAUCUGGCUCUUUGGAGGCAAGACAGUUUACAAAAAUUUCUUUAACCAACGGAAACAUGUCCUGCAAUUCCUAUCUGAAAGAAUCGAAAAAUCAUUUAAUUUAACUAGAGAACAACUAGUUCUAUUAGCAUUGCUAGUUGGAAGUGAUUACACAACUGGAGUGGAUGGGAUUGGACCGGUAACUGCUAUGGAGAUUCUAGCUUCAUUUCCUUUCAAUAAGAAACAGUUUCUAAAUGAAACAUCCAAACAAGGGCGUUACCAGCAAGUAAUCACUGGAUUACAAGAAUUCAAGAAAUGGGUCAAAGCCGGAAAACGUACAGAUAAUACAAAUCUGAAAAAGAAAUUGCGAAAUGUUUCUUUGACUGAAGACUUUCCCAGUGUCAGGGUAGUCCAGGCCUACAUGGAACCUAAUGUUGAGAAAAGUGAAGAAAAGUUCACUUGGGGUGAACUUGAUAUAACAAUAUUACGCGAUUAUACCAAAGCAAAGUUUGGUUGGUCCCAAAACAAGUUGGACGAAAUCAUAAAUCCCGUCCUGAAGAGGUUACAAGAGAGGAGAAGUCAAAAAACUGUACAUGAUUAUUUCAAAAGAAAAGUGGAAUUUCAAUCCCUAGAAGAGCAAAUGAGUAAAAGAGUGAAGGCAGCUGUCCAUAAGAUGGGACCAGAAAAAGAUUCAAGUGAACUAGUUCCCAUAGAUAAUGAGGAACCAAUACCUUCUAAGAAAAAGAAAGUAGGUUUAAAAAGAGUCACAAAAUCUACAAACAAAUCAGUAGUGCUUCCUGGGCCUUCGAAGAUCAGUGAUGAAAUUCAUUUGCCCAAUGUAACAGUUGUGUCCUCUAUAAUGGAUAGCACGACAGGAUCGGAUAUAGUCAUUCCUAAAACACAAAGAUUCCAAGAGAUAAUACCGCAACGAGAAAAGGAUAAACAAUGCCUUCUGCAAAACAAAAUGAAAGCUAUAGAAGUGUUUAGAAAAACAAAAAUCGAUCGGAAGAAAAGGGCUACAAAAAGGAAAGCAAUUAUACCUAAGGAAAAAGCUGAAUUGUCAGAGAGCAGUGAUUGUGAUUAAAAUUGUUGUUUUUUAUUUAUUUUGUUGUUAAAAAAAUAAAAAAAGGUUAUUAUUAAAAGUAAUUUAUUGUUUACAUCUCACUAAAUUAGUAUGAACUCAAAUAGCACAGUGAUUGAUGAAAAUAAAUUUUAUAGCACACAACAUAAUAUUUAAAAUGAAAAGAAUUAAACUAAUAAUCAUAGUGCAAACAACUGUAAGUACUUACAUCAGGUGACAAAGACCAAAAUUUCGAAUCUCCUCAAGUUCAGUAUUAAGGUUUAAAUUAAAUUGAAGACAUCGUCAAUAUUCUUUUUCCCUGAUGUUCAUACUUGUUUAGUAUGAUCUUGCAUAAUUUGAUAUGUAUAAAUGAUAAAAGGUGAAAGUAUUUUUUACGUUUUUAAAUAUUUUGUUUGUAUAGGCAUCUAUAGUCUAAGGGUGUCAACACCUGUUGGUGACAAGAAUUAUUUAUGAAAUGAAUCGUGCAUAUUUUCAAUAUUUAAUUUCAGUAAAGGCAAAUAUAGCUCUUAAAGACGGUUUAUUUGAAAUAAAGCUUAAAAACCAUCAGCUAUUCAACAAAUUAACUAUCUAAAUAAAUAUAAGAAAGCCUACUGAUUAGUAAAUAGGGAAAAAACUAAACUAAGAACUGUAUAUUAUUUUAUCAAAUAAGAGCAUUAUAAAAUAUUACUAUCUUAAUACAUAGUAAAUAAACGCUAAAGAUAAUCUUAUCGGGGUUUGGAUCUACAUAUUUCCAUUGAAGUUAACUUCAAAAGAGCACAUUGUCGUGAUAUGAACUGGCGGCUACCUGGUUAUAGCGAAUCUCUCAGUUUCGCCUUAAGUUUGAUGAGCUAUAUAUUAAUUCACAAUACUCAUCGAUAUUCGUACAGUAGAUGUGUUCGGUUUGUCAUGCCGCCACUUCACUUGGCAUUUCGUAUUUGUUAUUCGUAAACUUGACAAUAGUCUGUCCUUAUCAUGCCCUGUAAGGAAUGAAAAGGACAGACCGAGGUCAAGUUUAAGCAGUGUGACAGCUUCCUUACGCAAUAUCAUUGCAUAAUAAUGUCUUGUUCUGAAAUACAGAAAGCUAGGAUUUCGCUGACCACAAGACAACCCCACUAGUGACCGCAUUAAGGAUCUCACACGCAAACAGAUGCAGUCUGCGGUCGCGUCCAGACCUUAUUGGUGGAUUGUGUUUGAACGCUCGUUUACAGUGCGACACAGAUCUUUAUGAAUGUUAGAGAUAGUUUAGGGAGGGCGCCACUGUCUACGUAAAUGACCGUAAAUGUCAUACAAAAUUGACGUUUACAAAAUCGGGGGCGUAAUUAGUUGCAAGCUUGACGCCGUUUUGGGUCAUGGCACAUGUUUAUGCAGUAUACAUGAGAUUGGCACAAGCGGGUGCCCAUGUAUGCGAUCUCUAGUAGGGCUGCUUCGUGGAGUCGAAUUAGCAGCCUAAUUAAUUGUUUUUAGGAACAAAGUGGCUGCACUUUGUCCCUAAUAACAGGACAUUAACCUCUAUUUCUUCCUCGCGCUGUAGGCGAGCAGCGUAACAGUUAUUCUGCUACACGACAAAGUCAUACAUAUCCAUACACGGGACAGAUGGCAACACUUAGUAAUUUUUAGUCUUAUUACCAUAGACAGAUCAUAGAGAAAUCCUUCUUCCAACCUCAUUACUGUUAGAUUUCAUAGAUAGAUUGUGAAUGUCUCUCCUCUUCGAUUAUAUUUCUCUACUUGCAUUGUGUAAUAUCACAUUCGGAUAUGCAUUGCAUACAACUCAGGAUAUGUUCUUAUAUUUAGAUAAAUCACAAAGAAAAUAGAUGUUUGUGCAAUUAAAAACUCUUUAUUUUGUCUUUAAUGAAUUGCAAUCAAAGAAAAAUAUUGUAUACAAAUAAAAUGUAUUUCCGAAAUGUAUUAACAUUUUUUAUAACUGAUACAAACUAAGAUACACUACUUAAUUAAUAAUAACAGUUAUCCGUUUGAAGUCAUGAUUGCUAGAAAGAUUGAUUAGUGCUAAUUUGCUGUUAAAAUGUACAAUGUCGUAUCAAUUUUGUGUUUAGUAUUUAUUGGGUAUCAUGUACAGAGUUCAAUGUUUUUGUUUGGUCUACAGUUGAGUUCACAAGACAGUUUACACAAUUGCAGUAAUGAAAAUGACUCUUAUUGCUACUUGAUACAGGUGCUGUUAAUAUGAAACUUUAUCAAUAGGCAUACCUUGAGUCUUUUUCUUCAGAGUUAAAGAGAAUACCAUGCUUUGAUAGCAGAAUACAUUUAUCCACAUAUCUAAAACAUAGGGCCAUUUAUUUAUACAAAUACAUAGAAACACUCAUAGUAUUCAAAUUUGACAAGAGAUUUCACAUUAGACGUUUUAAGUACUAUUGUUGAAGAUUGUCAUUAACAUUCCAGGUUAUAUCAAUGGUAUACCAAUCAUCUUUAACACCCUAACUGAUGCCCAAUCAUCCUUAAAAACUUAUUUACAACUAACGACUAAUAAAAACGAAAUAAUGAAGAGAAUACGAAAAGCAAACGUCGAUAGAACUGAAAAUAGUGACUAACAAAUCAUUUUUGGAUAUAAAUAAUUAAUUAUGAUACAAUUAAAAACUCACUUCUCUGUCUCACCCGUCUCCGUGGGCCGUACACCACACCGACAAAGUUCCAUUCGAUCAUGCCGCGAAUCACAACGAAAUGAUCAAGCAAAACUUAACACACCACUGCAUUGACACUGCACUAAUCACUAAUCCACUUUGACGACACUGUAGAUCUUCCUGACGAACCAGAAGCAGGCCAUGAAUCCGAUGGUUCCGGUGAGAAGGAAGAAUAGGAACACCAUUAUGAGGGUGUAUCCGAAGUAGAGGAAGGUUGAAGCAGCGUCUUCUAUGUUGAGUUUGGUGACGAAGUAGUGGCAGCAGUAGAUAAAUAAGUAUCCGGCUGUUGAUCCAGCGCUUAGGAAAGCUCGCCACCACCAAUGAUAAUCUUCGGCACAUAGAUGGAAGUAGCAGAGCAGAAUAGUCGUCUCCGAGCAAGUGAUCACCAGGAUCACAAACACGAGGAACAGGAAACCAAACAUGUAGUACAU